AUGACAUUCUUCGUCCAAUUGUCCAACCAUUUCUACAACAGAUGUCACGUGGUGUCCUUUAUCGGCACGACAACGCCAGACCCAUACAGCCAGACCCAUACAGCCAGAAUCAUACAGCCAGAAUCAUACAGCCAGAACCAUACAGCCAGAAUCAUACAGCCAGAACCAUACAGCCAGACCCAUACAGCCAGACCCAUACAGCCAGAGUCAUACAGCCAGAAUCAUACAGCCAGACCCAUACAGCCAGACCCAUACAGCCAGACCCCAUACAGCCAGACCCAUACAGCCAGACCCCAUACAGCCAGACCCAUACAGCCAGACCCCAUUCAGCCAGACCCCAUACAGCCAGACCCCAUACAGCCAGACCCAUACAGCCAGACCCAUACAGCCAGACCCAUACAGCCAGACCCAUACAGCCAGACCCAUACAGCCAGACCCAUACAGCCAGACCCCAUACAGCCAGACCCAUACAGCCAGACCCCAUACAGCCAGACCCAUACAGCCAGACCCCAUACAGCCAGAGUCAUACAGCCAGACCCAUACAGCCAGACCCAUACAGCCAGACCCAUACAGCCAGACCCAUACAGCCAGACCCAUACAGCCAGACCCAUACAGCCAGACCCAUACAGCCAGAAUCAUACAGCCAGACCCAUACAGCCAGACCCAUACAGCCAGACCCAUACAGCCAGACCCAUACAGCCAGAGUCAUACAGCCAGAAUCAUACAGCCAGACCCAUACAGCCAGACCCAUACAGCCAGAAUCAUACAGCCAGACCCAUACAGCCAGACCCAUACAGCCAGACCCAUACAGCCAGACCCCAUUCAGCCAGAAUCAUACAGCCAGAAUCAUACAGCCAGACCCAUACAGCCAGACCCAUACAGCCAGAAUCAUACAGCCAGACCCAUACAGCCAGACCCAUACAGCCAGAGUCAUACAGCCAGACCCCAUACAGCCAGACCCAUACAGCCAGACCCAUACAGCCAGACCCCAUACAGCCAGACCCCAUACAGCCAGACCCAUACAGCCAGACCCCAUACAGCCAGACCCAUACAGCCAGACCCCAUUCAGCCAGACCCCAUACAGCCAGACCCCAUACAGCCAGACCCAUACAGCCAGACCCCAUACAGCCAGAAUCAUACAGCCAGAAUCAUACAGCCAGAAUCAUACAGCCAGAAUCAUACAGCCAGAAUCAUACAGCCAGACCCAUACAGCCAGACCCCAUUCAGCCAGACCCCAUACAGCCAGAAUCAUACAGCCAGACCCAUACAGCCAGACCCCAUACAGCCAGACCCAUACAGCCAGACCCAUACAGCCAGACCCAUACAGCCAGAAUCAUACAGCCAGAAUCAUACAGCCAGAAUCGUACAAAGCUUCCUUGCAGCCAACAACGUCUACGUGUUGUCGUGACCUGCACGCUCCACAGACAAGUCCACCUAGAACACCUCUGGGAUGUCAUGGACAGUCGUGUUUACAGCGACCACAUCCUCCAGCCAACCAACAAGAACUGA